CUUGGCUGGAUGCCAGUGAAAGUCAGCAAGAGAAAUCAUAAGAAGAGAGAGGCCAGAGUCGGAUUGGUGGAGCUGUACUUUUGUCUCUUGGGAUGGCAGUCGUUGUUUGUUUUGCCAAACUGCCUAAUCAGACCGUCUGAUGUCCGGCGUCGUGUGUGAUUCCGUCCAUGGGACUGGAGGACCCUGACACGCACCGGCUGCUGAUGACUACCUGUACCUACAAAUUCAAUCUUGGGUAGGCAUUCGUACCUUGUAUCAAGUAAAGCUCAGGUGCACAUGUUCUUCUCGGGCUUUGCAUUUUCAACGCGCGUUGCGGCGUUCCUGCAGCUGUUGGUGGAUUA